AUGACCAGUAGAAGGGCUCUGAUCUGCGGCUGCUGGCUGCUGCUCCUCGGCCCACGCCUCGCCUUCGGGGCCUCCCUCCAGCCGCUGCACUGUGCCCCUUGCACGGAGGAGAAGCUGGCGCUGUGCCCGCCGGUGGCUGCCGGUUGCCUAGAGAGGGCCCAUCAGCCGGGCUGUGGCUGCUGCCAGACUUGUGCCCUCCAGAUGGGGGAGGCCUGCGGGGUGUACACAGCGCGCUGUGGCCAGGGGCUCAGCUGCCAGGUGCGGCCAGGGGAGCUCAGACCCCUGUAUGCCCUGACCCGUGGGCAAGGGGCAUGCCUGCCAACAGCAGAUGCAGAAGGGAUGCGGAUGGCAGAGGCUGCAGACUCUCUGGAACCUGAGGAUGCACCUCCAGAAAGUACUGACAUAGCACAGGAUCAGCUGUUUAACUAUCAACUGACGUUUCCCACUGGCCAGGACAAGUCUGUGCCUUGGAACGCCAUCAGUGCUUAUGAAAACAUGAAAGCAAAGAGAAUCACCGAACUAAAGAAAUGGAAGGAGCAGGGACCUUGCCAGAAAGAUCUCUACAGAGCACUGGAUAAAUUAGCUAAAGCUCAACAGAGAACUGGAGAAGACAUAUACAAAUUCUAUUUACCAAACUGCAACAAGAAUGGAUUUUACCACAGCAAACAGUGUGAAACUUCGCUGGCUGGAGAGCCUGCUGGAUGUUGGUGUGUCUAUCCAAGGAGUGGGAAAAGAAUUCCUGGAUCUCCUGAGCUGAAAGGCGACCCUGAAUGCCAACAGUAUCUCAGCUCACAAGAAUAA